AGGACAUGUGGCAAAAUCACUUCGCAAAUAUAGUCUAGGGGAUCUUAAAAUGGCUUGUCUUGUAGUUCUUCAAUUGAGAGAAAACAAUGGUGUUAGAAUUGCCAUGUGGUGAUACUCACUCCUCGUAUUCAAUUAUAUGAGUGAUUCAAUAGGCUCCAGCUUUUCUUGAUUCUGAAACACAAGAAAGGGAAAAAAAUCAUACGCAAAACAUUAUUUAUUGAUGAUUAAAUGCAAAGCUAAAGACAGCAAGAGACACAAGGGUUAUACCAGAGGGUAAAGAGAUUGAAACAGGCUGAGGUACGUAAGUUUUAUAAAAAAAAAGAAGAAGCUAAGUUUAACUUUUUAUGUUGGCUAUGGAGUCUCCAAGAAUCCAUGAAGGAGUUGCUGAGGAGAAGAGUAGUUGUGAAUCAGGAUGGACUAUGUACAUAGAAGACACCAUCCAUGGAAACCAUCACUCUGAAUUUGUCUAUGAAGAAUAUGAUGAUGAUGGUAAUCAUUUCUGUGUAAAAGAUGUCGAUGAUGAUAGUAGUGAAAAUGGGAGCGAUGACUCGAUGACUUCUGAUGCAUCUUCAUGGCCUAGCACUCAGCUUCCAAGGAAGACAAAGAAUCAUGCAGCUGCAAAGAAGAGUAAUGCCAAACAAGUCAAUCAUCACACAAAGAAUAAAGCUCGUGAAAAAUCCACCGACCAAGAAGAAGAAUCUGAGUUCAACGGUAGAACAAGAACCAUUGCAGCUAGUCGUGUUCAAAGUAAAGGCAAGGUGAGAAAAAACAAAUAAGACUCUAAAUACUGGUUUUAAACUUCUAUUGCUAUAUCCAAUAUUCUCUUUGGCUCAAGGGAUAUAACAAUCUAGACCAUGUAAUUGUUACCUUCAUUUGAAAUUUAUGUGUAAUAGCCUUGUUUUCUAUAACAGGAUUAUGUUUUUGGCUUAAAGCAAAUCCCGUUCCUGUAACUUUAUUUGCCUUGGAGCUAUGCUAAUAAUAUCUACUUUUU